CAGUACCUGAAAGAAAACGAAGGGCAUUACACACAUGAGUUUCAAUCUCUGUUGACAGAUAGCAAUCACCUCUAUGGCCAUGAAAUGAAGUACAAGACUCAACAGCAGGCAGCUGUGAAGACUACCAUGACCACCUUUCUUAGGAGGCUCAUACAGAACCUGAACACUAGAUUCCCUCAAGACAGUCUCACAGUUGUUUCAUCUUUUGAUGUAUUGGGUUUCAGAGACAUGGCAUUUGUUGUUGAAGAUGAUCUCCCCAGUUAUGGUGAAGAGAAGUUGAAUGUGCUGAUAUCUCAAUAUGGCAACCCUAGGGAUGACAUGCACCCCCUCAUUGAUUCUAAGUCAACCAAACAAGAAUUUGACUUGUUGAAGAGAUUCCUUCUUCAGCAGAAGUAUCCAAGAUACAGUUUCCCAAGGUUAUGGAAAAUCAUUGAUGGUUGCCACAGAGAUCUCUUCCCAAACUUAUUGAAACUUGCUUGCAUUGGGUUGACUUUGCCAGUGCAGACAGCAAUAUGUGAAAGGGGGUUCUCCAAUCAGAAUAUGAUAAAAACAUCACACAGAAACAGAUUGGGAGAGAAAACACUCAAAGAGCUAAUGAUUAUUAGUAUUGAGGGUCCACCUGUCUCAAAGUUUGAUGCUCCAAAAGCUCUGGAAGAAUUCAAAACAAAGAAACAAAGAAGGGUCUUUCAGAAAUUCUCUAGAUUAAGCAACCAAUGAACUGUUUUGAACUAGGGUGACUAUCUGUUUGACUGUACGGCUAAAGUGCUUCUUAUUCAUUCAAUCAUUAUUGGUCAUUUGGAUUUAUUGAAUUUGAUCUGUUUU